CUUCUGUUUCUUGCACUUCCACCAGUUGGGAUAGAAGAGUAAUCGUAUUCAUUUCAUCCCACACAUAUCAAUUGAGCUCCCAGCGACUACAUAUCACCAACGCCGACGUCUAAUUUCGGCCGUCACUCUCCCAAGUAACCAACAUAAUGUUUCAACAUCCAACCCACCCGGCGACCGUGCACUUCCCCGUCACCUUCUCAGUGCUUACGGGCGCCCUUGACCUCCUCACCUUCCUCUCUCGACAACCAGCCACCGCCAAGUACACCUACCAGCUGUUCUCGUUGCUCGCCCUCGAUGACCUGGCUCCGCAACUCCUUCCACAGCUCUCAUACCACACCACGCGAGCCCUCCUCCUCGUCUCCGUCCCUGCCGUAAUCACCGGUGCCAUCGAGGUCAUGCCGCUGAUCAAGCGUGAGGGGAUCUCGAGUAAGAAGGCGCGAACGGCCAUUCUGCAUGCGCUGCUGAACGAUGUCACUGUCGUGGGCGCGUUGUGGAAUUGGUGGACGAGGAGGGAUGUGGAGGGAUAUACCCCCAGCGAUACGAAUGUUUUCCUCAGCGGAGUUGUGGCACUUCCGGUGACUGUCUAUGCAGCGUAUCUAGGGGGUCAUCUGGUGUAUCAGUAUGGCAUGGGCGUGGGGAGGGGAAAUGCGCCGGUUAAGCCGAAGAAGAAUGAGUGAGGCGUGGGUGGAGAAGCCGUCCAUGCAAGGGUACUUGUAACCCCAUUCUUUGCACCUCUAGACGUG